AGAUAUGCCUUAAAAACAAAAGGGGGAAAAAAUCCCAUCUAUUUUUCGUCGGUUUCUUUCAUCUUCUUCCUUCUUCUCUUUGCAUGUUACGAAAUCGAUCGAUCACUCCAGCAUCUCCUCCAAAUCCGUCAAUGAAAUCACCAUGGAGGUUUGAAUUUUUUAUCUUUUAGGAUUGAUUUGAAGCUGAAAUAGAAGUGGGUUGAUACAAAUCAGUUUGAGAAUCGAUUCAACCACUCUAUUUGGUGCCAUCAAGACUUUGUGCCAUCGACUUGGUUCCAUCGAUUUGGAUCCAAAACUCGUUGUAUUCGAAAGACCCGGGAGAGAGGAAGAACAUGGAACCAAAUCAAUGUAAUAAGAGAUAAAGCUAUGGUGGGUUUGAGGUCCGCUGCUGUGGAUUCAUCUGGCCGUGAGUUCAACCGUAAUCGUCUUAUUGCGUUGCUUUCAGCAAUUUUUCUAGAGCAAAUCCGUGUUUCGGGCUUUGGUGGAUGGUUUCUUCUCAGACUUUCUCUCCACGACCCUUUUCUUCCUCUUAACAUUGAGGCGCAGAGUGAGGAUGAUGCUGUGAAGUUAGGCCUUGUGGUUGCUAAUGCAGUGAAGGAGUUCAAUGCUUUGGACACCUCUGCUUUGUCCAGUCUCACUCGCUCUUAAAUUGGUUUUAGGUGGAUCUGUGAUCCUAAAUUAAUGUUCUAAAAUUGCUUUGGACACAUUUUUUUUGUGUGGAAAUCAAUGUUCUAAAAUUGGUAUAGAGAACAUCUAAGAAGUAAAUUAAUCACAAUACAAUAUGAUUAAAUUA